CACACAGUGGAAGUUUAUCUAGAAUUUCCUUUUCUUUUCUUUUAGACCUUAGAAGCUUUUGUGUAAGGAAAAGAAAAGAAAAUUCUUCCCAGCAAGCAAGAAAAUAAGAGAUUUCCUUCCACUUUUCCCGAGAAAAUCCGAGAAAAUGGCUCUGCUUCGGAGAAGAAACAAAGCUUCCGGUUCUGGCACCAAAGAGGAAGAAGAGGGAGCAGAAAUAGAAGUAGAAGAAGACGAUGACAAGAACAAGAAGGAGAAGAAGAAGUUGGGCAAAACAGAGAAGGCUAAUAGUAGCAAGAAAGCGAAGGAGAAGUGGUCGUGUGUGGACAGCUGCUGUUGGCUGAUUGGGUGCAUUUGCACAAUUUGGUGGCUUCUGCUGUUUCUGUACAAGGCAAUGCCGGCGUCGUUCCCUCAGUUCGUCACGGAGGCGAUAACAGGGCCGUUGCCGGACCCGCCGGGCCUCAAAUUGAGGAAGGAAGGGUUGAGAGCCGAGCAUCCGGUCGUGUUCGUGCCGGGGAUCGUCACCGGCGGCCUCGAAUUGUGGGAGGGCCACCAGUGCGCCGAGGGCCUGUUCCGCAAGCGCCUCUGGGGUGGCACCUUUGGGGAAGUCUAUAAAAGGCCUUCGUGUUGGGUGGAGCAUAUGUCACUGGACAAUGAAACUGGACUAGAUCCUCCUGGUGUGAGGGUUAGGCCUGUCUCCGGGCUCGUUGCGGCUGACUACUUUGCUCCGGGGUAUUUUGUGUGGGCAGUUCUAAUUGCCAACUUGGCUCGUGUUGGUUAUGAGGAGAAAAACAUGUAUAUGGCUGCAUAUGAUUGGAGACUUUCAUUUCAGAAUACUGAGGUAAGAGACCAAACACUUAGCCGAAUAAAGAGUAACAUAGAAUUGAUGGUGGCAACAAAUGGCGGCAAAAAGGCGGUUAUACUUCCACACUCAAUGGGCGUCUUAUAUUUCCUGCACUUUAUGAAGUGGGUUGAGGCACCAGCUCCAAUGGGUGGUGGGGGAGGACCAGAUUGGUGUUCAAAGCAUAUAAAGGCAGUGAUCAACAUUGGUGGACCCUUUUUGGGUGUUCCAAAAGCUGUGGCCGGACUUUUCUCUGCCGAAGCCAAGGAUAUUGCAGUAGCCAGGGCUAUUGCGCCCGGUUUUUUGGAUAAUGAUCGAUUCCGCCUUCAAACUUUACAACAUGUAAUGAGGAUGACUCGCACAUGGGAUUCAACCUUGUCAAUGAUACCAAAAGGUGGGGACACCAUCUGGGGUGGCAUGGAUUGGUCCCCCGAGGAAGGCUACAGUCCUAGCAGGGAAAAACAAAGAAACAAUGACACCCAAUUUUCUCAAUCCGAAAUAGUUAACUAUGGGAGGAUUAUAUCAUUUGGGAAAGAUGUAGCAGAGGCACCUUCAUCUGAGAUCGAGAGGGUUGACUUUCGGGGUGCUAUCAAGGGUAGUAAUGUUGCAAAUACUACCUGCCGUGAUGUGUGGACUGAAUACCAUGACAUGGGACUUGGCGGUAUCAGAGCUGUUGCAGAUCAUAAAGUUUACACUGCUGAGUCAAUUAUAGACCUGCUUUAUUUUGUUGCCCCGAAAAUGAUGGCGCGCAGUAGUGCUCACUUCUCUUAUGGAAUUGCUGACAAUUUGGAAGACCCAAAAUACAGUCACUACAAAUAUUGGUCAAACCCGUUGGAGACAAAAUUACCGAAUGCUCCAGAUAUGGAAAUAUUCUCCCUCUAUGGAGUUGGAAUACCAACUGAAAGAGCCUACAUUUACGAGUCAUCUCCUUCUGCUGAAUGCUACAUCCCAUUUCAAAUCAAUACUUCAGCCAACGGCGACAUCGAAGAUAGCUGUUUGAAAGACGGAGUCUAUACUGUUGAUGGCGACGAGACCGUGCCUGUGUUGAGUGCAGGCUUCAUGUGUGCCAAAGGUUGGCGCGGAAAGACCAGAUUCAACCCUUCAGGAAUCAAAACAUACAUAAGGGAGUAUGAUCACUCCCCUCCAUCCCAUCUGCUUGAAGGCAGGGGUACCCAAAGCGGUGCUCAUGUUGACAUUAUGGGAAACUUUGCUUUGAUUGAGGAUAUCAUAAGAGUGGCGGCUGGUGCCAAAGGUGAGGAUUUGGGCGGUGAUAAAGUAUACUCGGACAUUUUCAAAUGGUCUGAUAAGAUCAGCUUGCCUCUAUAAUUAUAGUGGUAUCUUGUGCUCUUCUCUUGCUUUUAUAUUCGAAAGAAUAUAAAUUAGCACAUUGUUGUAACCAUAGAUUUCUUGGCCACUCUCACCUUAAAAUGUUGAUUAAUAUCAUUGUUUUACCAAAGUGACCCGGCUCUUCCACUUUUUAUGGAAAUGUCAGAGUCCAAACUAUACAUCUCUGUGUGUGUAUUUGUAGCUGAUGGUAUAAAGUUUUUGAUCUUUUUCUUGA